CCCUACUCCUACCCUUCACCUAACAACAACACAUCCCAUCGUUACCGGCAUACAUCGCUAUCAUGGCAGCGACGUCACCCCAGCAGUCUGUGCUACCAUCCCGGACGUUCACGAACGGCAGCGAGGACGACGCUGUACCCGGCGAGGACACCAGCGAGGUGACCAAGCUGUUCAAUGAGAGACUUCAGGCCUGGAAACACGCGGUCGUUUAUGUUGAAGACUAUGUCACCGCGACAGAGAAGAUGCAGCAUGUGCACGGGAAGGAGUACGAGAAAGUGCUCAAGACUGUCUCUAACCCAUUGAAAGAAGGCCACCACUUUGACCAAGCCUUGGGCGGCGUUGCAGGCAUGUUCGAGAACAUCAGGUCGAACACACAGGGUAUCUCCAACUCCCACUACGACACCGCAAAGCAACUAAAAGGCACCAUCCUACCCAUCUUCGAACGCCUCCAUACCGAGAUCAAGAACAAGCAGAAGGAGCUCAGCAAGGGCGCGGGCAAAGGCAGCAAGAUGGUGGACAAGGCACGAAACACGACCCAGAAGCACAUUGAACUCCUGGGCCAGCACACGGCCGCUUACGACUCCACCGGCGGCAAGAUGAGCGCCUCAGAAGACCCAUACGUCCUUCAGCGCGGCGUCUUUCACCGCCUCAACAAGCAGAUCCAAGAGGAGAACAACAACCGCCAGGAUCUCAUCGCGGUGCAGAACAGUUUCGCGCAAUUCGAGGCGCACGUUAUUGCUGUCAUCCAGCAGGGCUGGGGCUCUUUCAACCAAGUCCUCGCCGCGCAGGCUGAGCAGACCAAAGCCAUGUACGCCGAUAUGACCAUGACGACACAAUCGAUCAAACCAGAUUUCGAGUGGAACGGCUUCGUCCACCGCAACAAUGCCAUCCUGAUCGACCCCUCCGCACCUGCCCGCUCUAUCUCCAAUAUCAGCUUCCCGAACCAGAACCACAAGGCUACGCAGCCCAUGAUUGCAGGCUCCCUCGAGCGCAAGGGCAAGCUACUCAAGAAGUAUGACACCAACUACUACGUCGUCACCCCCUCCAAGUUUCUCCAUGAGUACAAGACCGACGACGACUUCGCUAAGGACCCCACGCCCGAGGUCUCGCUGUACCUCCCCGACUGCAUCGUCGGCGCGGUCUCCGGGCAGAAGUUCAACGUCAAGGGCAAGGACGUUAGUAAAGGGAAGGUGGGAAACACUUUUAGCAUGUCCCACGAGUUCGCAUUCAAAGCCCACACGCCAAAUGAUGCGAACCAGUGGUGGGAGAUUAUAAGGGCCGCUGCUGGCCAGACGACGAACGAGUUACCUGACUCCUCUUCCCCAAAUAGCCCGAUCAGCCCAACCGAGUCGAGGCAACCCGCGCCCCUGAACACGCAGAACCUAGCUAUGGAGAAGGAGACGUUCCACCGAACGCCAAGUAGUGCGCACCCGGCCAGUGCGACGCCAGCGAGCGCGGUUUCCGCGCCUAGGUCUGGGAUUGAGGGGAAGCCUGGCGCGUAUUAGAGUGCCAAAUUUGUUCUCUGCGAGAUGGUCGACAGAUUAUUUGAAGCAUCUCCUUCCAGAUUGAAAUGUUGAUGGAUUUGGGGUUUCGGCGAAGUAUACCACUCACGUCAGCUUAUGAGCAACGUCUUUAAUGUCAAUUCCCUUUUCCGCUUCUCAAAAGCUGCCCACU